GUACGGUUUUCGAAUUGCCUUCAUGGUGAGAGCAUCAUGGCCUUAAUCAACACAUGUCGAAUCGGAAAUCAUCCGUCGAGACUGUUGACCCAUGCGGAUGUGCUCCGUCCACCCUCGGGUAUAGGGCAGAUGCGUAUCACGAGACACGGAUACGACCCGUUGCAAUGCGGGCGUACCCCAAGAAACAGGAUAGAGCGAGAAGAGCAGAGAACAACAGUACACAGAAUCAACUCUCCACAGGAGAGGACAUCAUUUGACUAGCGUUGCUACCAAACAUCAACACAACCAGGGCCAUGUCUCUCCAAUCCCAACCUACCAUACCAACCACCAUUCAGGCCACCGAAUGGACGAGCCUGCCCUCACAAUACCGCCGCCCCGGCGGGCAAUCCGAGCAUAGUCUGCACCAAAAGCGCGGCCACCCGCUCGACUCCUUCCUCGAAGGGCCCCUCUACAUCCCCUCGCUGGGUCGCUUGUUCGUCGUCGACAUCCCCUACGGCCGGAUCUUCUCGAUCAACGUCGAAACCCGGGAAUGGAGGCUCGUCCUCGCCUACGACGGCGAGCCCAACGGCCUGGCCUACCACCAUCCAACGAACCGCAUCCUCAUCGCCGACUUCAAGCAAGGCAUCCUCGCCUUCGACCCGACCGCACAUCCCGACCCCAAUGACCCUCCAACGCCACUGGUCACGCGCUGUCACGGCGAAAGGCUCAAGGGCCCCAACGAUCUGGUGGUCACCUCCACCGGCACGGUCUAUUUUACCGACCAAGGCAUGACGGGCUUGCAUGAUCCGACGGGUCGGGUGUUUCGGUUCGAUCUUCCCCCAGACAAUCGCAUUCACAGCGCAAACCAGCAGCAUGUCAAGCUAGAGUGUGUGCUGGGCAACGGCCCCUCCCCCAACGGACUGGUGAUGAGCCGCGAUGAAUCCGCCGUCUUCGUCGCCAUGACCCGCGACAACGGGGUUUGGUACGUCCCGUUCCAUCCGGAUGGGAGCGUGCAGCGCGUGGGCCGGUUCGCCAGCUACUAUGGGAUUGGCGGGCCGGAUGGCAUGGCAAUGGAUGUGGUGGGGAAUAUCUUUGUCGUACAUUCCACAUUAGGGGUGGUGUUUGUGCAUCGGCCGGAUGGGGAGGUGGGCUGGCGGAUUCGGUGGGAUGCGGGCGCAGGGAAGAAGAUGACGAAUUUGACAUUCGGGGGACCCGAGGGAAAGACGUUGUUCCUGGUUGAGAGUGAGACGGGCACUGUUUUGGUGGUGGAGUGGUUUUGGCAAGGGAUUCUGACUGGGAAUGACGAGGGGGAGAAGUAGGACUUUUGAUAGUGAUAGUGUAUAUAUGCAUACGAGGAAAGUUGG